UUUCCUUGUUUUUUUUUUUUUUUAAGAAAGAAAGAAAAACAAUUUGCCGAGAAGAAAGAGAGUCAAAAAAUGAGUAGUUAAUCGGAGCAAAAAGACUUGCAUCGCAAGUGAUUCCGUUGUAAUCACAAAGUACUUUUUCAUAAACUAUACAGUAUUUGCUUCUUCAUAAACUGAUUGAUUUUGCCCCCGUCUGUUCAAUUCUGUAUUCCGAAAACCCUAAUUUCCUCCGUCGAGCGAAAUUCUUCGGUGAAAAUGGCAAUGGAAAUCGAUUCUGCGGAGUAUCAGUUAAGGUGUCAACUCACUGGUCAUGAAGACGAUGUUCGGGGGAUAUGCGUAUGUGACAAUGCUGGUUUUGCAACAUCAUCUAGAGACAGAACUAUUAGGUUUUGGUCAUCGGAUGAAUCUAACAAACGUAGUUAUACUACUUCAAAGAUACUGCUAGGGCAUACGAGUUUUGUUGGUCCAUUGUCUUGGGUUGCUCCAAGUGAGGAGUUACCUGAGGGUGGACUUGUAUCUGGUGGAAUGGACACUCUUAUCUUGGUGUGGAAUUUGGCUACUGGAGAGAAAAUUCAGACACUUAAGGGUCAUAAGUUGCAAGUUACGGGCAUUGCUUUGGAUGGCUCAGACGUUGUAUCAACAUCUAUUGAUUGGUAUGUGACAUUUCUUACUUUUUACUGAAUUUGCUAUUUACUU